AUGGCCUACAACUACAUCUACUGUCUUGACAGAAAGGUUACUGAUUCUACAUCUAGCACUGAACCUACAACCUCGACAGAGAGGAUAUCUGAAACAUCAGCUGCAAUUAACGAAGUUUUGACAGAGAAUACAGAUGAGAGAGUUACAGCUGAACCUACAGUCUCACUAGAAACGACACGUGUAUCAGUUACAAAAGAAUCUACACCAUCUACAGAGAGGGAAAAUGAAUCGACAGCUACAAUUUCAGCAGAAAGGAUGACUAAAAUAGCUACAGUUGGAUCUACAACCUCAACAGAGAAGGCAAUUGAAACAACCAAUAAAACUUUAUCAUCGAUAGAGAGCAUAACUGAAUCAUCUACUACAACUAGAUCUACAGUUUCAACAGAGAAAACUACUGGAAAGGCAGAACCUACAACCUCAGUAGAAAGGAUGACUGAAGCACGUACAACUGAAGUUACAACUUCCACAGUGCCCGCAGAAUUAACAGCAACCCCUGAAUCCACGACAGAGGGGACGACCGAAACAGCUAUGGCUGAGCUUAAAAUAUCGGCAGAGAAGACGAUCGAAUUGGCAUUAACAACUGAAUCUACGUCUUUUUCUACAACUACAAUAGAAGGCACAACUAUGUCAGAGAUAACAACUAAAUCCACAGCCUCAUCUGAGUCUAAAAACUCGACAGAAAGUAUGACGGAAUCAACAGUACAAACUGAUCAGAGGACAGCUGAAUCAACAUCUACUGUAUCCUCAGUCUCCACAGAUACGAUUGAAUCAACAGGCAGAACUGAACCUACAACCACGACAGAGAGGAUAACUGAAUCAUAUACUAUAACUGAAACUACUUUCUUGACAGAGAGUACGACUGAAAAAAAUACAGUUGAACCUACAACCUCACCAGAACCUACAAGUGAAACAGUUGCAAAUGAACCAACAACUUCGACGGGGCAACAGCUAUAA